AGAGAAACAGGAGUAGUAGCCAUGGCUAGCACCAAAGUACAGAAGAUUAUGACCCAACCUAUUAACCUGAUCUUCAGGUUUCUUCAGACUAAAGCUCGUAUUCAAAUAUGGCUAUUUGAGCAAAAGGAUCUGAGGAUUGAAGGACAUAUUAUUGGCUUUGAUGAGUACAUGAACUUGGUUCUAGAUGAUGCUGAGGAAGUCAAUGUGAAGAAGAAAAGUAGAAAGCAAUUGGGGCAGAUUCUUCUGAAAGGAGAUAAUAUCACAUUGAUGAUGAACACGGGAAAAUGAUUUCUUGUUAGCUGGAUGGCGGAAGAAGUUUGAAUUUUUUGGUAAAAUCAACUAUUGAAACAGUUGGGUUGUGGACAAGGAGCAUG